AGACAGAUAGAGAGCGAGGAAAAAGAGAGAUUUGAGAAAAAUGUCAGCAUGACCCAAAACGAAAAAUGAGUCGAAAACCUAGCCAGGGUAGUCGAAUGUCAUCGCCUCGGGAUGAGGAGCGCAGAACAACGAGCGAGGAUAGUAACACCACCUUGGUGCCCCAAAGAUCCUCCGUUGACAUCGUACGGCAGCCAGCGAGCCGGCGAUUAACUUUUGAUUCCACAUUGACAACAGCGAGCAUUGAUGACGAUGAGGACUACAACGACGACGACGAACAGCAGGCAAAUGGAGAGGAAGUGCUACAACAGCAAAUGCCAAUAAUACUUUUGGAUGCACAGUCGACAGUAAUAAAGCGAGAUGCACAGGUGGGAACCGUCUCGCAACGUACAGGAACUGAGCACUCCAUAGGUGCGUCUGGCAACGAGAAUCGUCCAUCCAGCUGGAAGUCCAGCAACUCGGAUCCAUAUGACCUGGACGAACCGCUCACCACAAAGGUGGUCAAAGUGUUUAAGAAAAGACACAGAAUACAGCCUGCUCAUCCAUAUGAUUCAGACGAUUCGGUCGAGAAGCAAGUGACAUUCGCGAAGGACACAAACUCACCGGAAAGAAUGCUCAACUCCUUGGAAUCGGAUCUUCCAAUGUCGGAUACAUCGCAAACUGUGUUGCGCACCGAAAUCAGCAGUGGCGACUUAAGCAGCAGCGGAUCCGUGCUUCUGUACACCAGCGAAACAACGGAUCCCAAUAAUCCCCAAGCGAAUCACCCCCAAGGCUACAAAUUGGCAUCGGGCAUGGCAUUCAUUUAUAUGUCAAUACCUCCAGAUGGUGGCUACGGUUGGCUGGUCUUGGUCCUCAGUUUUCUGGCCCAGCUCAUAGUCGAUGGCAUUGUCUUCUCCAUUGGUAUUUUGUUGCCCUACAUCAGCGAGGAGUUCAAUGUGAGCAGUGCUCAGGUUAUUCUCGUGGGCAGUAUACAAAUUGGCUGCUAUUUCAUGGGUGGCGCAUUCUCCAGUGCCCUCAUCAAUAGUUAUGGCUUCCGUCCGGUGGCUUUGCUCGGCGUCAUCAUCUCAGCCGCAUCCAUACUACUGGCCAGCUUUUGUCCCAAUCUGCCCCUGAUGAUCAUAUUCUACAGCAUCAUUGGAGGUCCUGGACUUAGCAUGAUUUGGGUGAGCUCACAGCUCAUCAUUGGCUAUUACUUUGAGCGCUAUCGACCCAUCGCCAGUGGCUUCUCGUGUUCUGGAGCUGGCGCUGGCAUUUUUCUCUUCUCCAUCGCCAAUAGUCUGCUUGUGGUGAAGUUUGGCUGGCGAAACACGAUCCGAUUCCAAGUCAUUCUCAUACUGCUCAUUACGUUCAUGGCCCUAGCUUAUCUGGAGGUGGCUCCCACUCCCGUGGGUUUUCUGCAUAAUGACCACUUGACGACAUCUAGUUCGAAUGAGUAUUAUGGCAAUUUCUACGUACACAAUUUUCUGGUUGACGACGUCUCCUCGAGGAGAUCACACGCUGUGCUUGAGAACUACGAACCUCCCCAGCAGCAAGGACGCUGUCGCCGUUGGGCAAGCCGUUGCUUGCCAUGCUUCAGGAAAAAGCCCGUCAGAGGCCAACAUCAUCGACAUGCCCAAUCGGAGGAUGAGCGCUCCGAACGCAAUUAUGUUGUACGUGCCGAUCCCAUGCAACGGGAGGAUCUCUUCUACACAGGUCCUGCCGACUACACCACGCCCCAUAGUGUCGAGCAGUUCGAGGGCAAGGAACUGGAGUUAGUUGGUUCGCAGGCUCAUCUUCAAAGAAUUGCCUAUGGCUUGCACAACAUCCACGACUACGACAGCACCGAUGAUUCGGUGGUGUUACCCGACUCGGAUGGCACAUCACAGGCUGGCGCUUCUUCUCCCGCACCCACUCCCACCUCGCAUACACAAGGGCAGCGACACAAGAAGCCACGCAAGGACAAGAAGAGAGGUUGGGUGCGCACUAAGGCAAUGAAGGCAAUGAAUCGUCUCUUUGACAUGCAUCUCUUGAGGACCUUUGAGUUUCGUGUGCUACUAACCUCCGCAUUCCUCUAUCCCAUGGGCUUCAAUAUACCCUUUGUGUACUCCAAGGAACGUACCACCAUACCUCUGAAGUAUGCCCAAUGGAUUGGACCUGCAAUUGGCGCCACCAGCUUUCUCAUGCGGAUCGUUUGCGGUUUUGUGGCCUACAAACUGAGGAACUGGACGAAUUACAUCUGUGGAGGCGGCAUGAUGCUUGGCGGCAUCAUGGUCUUUGUUAGCGCCUUCUAUGGCAGCGACUUGGUCUGGUUUCAGUUUGCCUACGGGUUGCUAUAUGGUGUAGCACCAGCUGUCUUUGCCACACUGAGAGCUCUCAUCUAUGUGCGCUACUUGGGUCUCUCGAAGCUGACCAAUGCCUUUGGUAUCACGGCAUUGGCGAUGGGUCUGGGCGUGUUUAUUGGCACCACUUUUGGGGGGCUGUUGGUCAGCAAAACAGGUGGCUAUGUGGCACCAUUUGCCUUUGCCGGACUCUGCAUUACCAUCUCGGGACUGUUGAAGCUUAUUUUGCCUACUUGGAUAAGAUAUCGGGAGUAUCGAAAGAGGAUUUGA